UAACAGACGCUGACUUUGAUUAUCAUCGUAGUCAGUCAUGGGUCUCCUUGGAACACAGUCAUGGACACUGUGUGUCUUUUUGUGUUGGAUGUGUGUUAAUCUAGCAUCAGCUGAACCACAUUAUAUGGUGGCCAUUCCUGCAGUUCUUGAAGCUGGAGCUGAGACCAGGUUCUGUGCAAGUCUCCGGCAGCCCAGCGAGACUCUGGUCAUGACUGUCACCUUGAGGUCCCAAGACAUGAACACAACUCUUCUUGAGAAGACAUCCAGUGAAGAGUUUCAUGAGUGCAUUCUGUUUCCGGUUCCUUUGGUGAAAACUAAAGAGGUGCAGACCCUUGAGGUGUUUGUAAGAGGGGCCACAUUUCACUCAAAAGAAGUCAGGAAAAUCAUGAUCAAAGUCUACAAGCCAGGAAUGUUUGUCCAAACAGAUAAACCGAUCUACCUCCCUGGACAAACAGUGCAUUUCAGAGUUGUCACACUGGACUCCAAGUUUAGACCCGUUAGUCAGCUGUAUGACAUCAUCACACUUGAGGAUCAUUACAACAACCGAAUUGGACAGUGGCUGAAUGAAUCAUCCAACAGUAAAAUACUGCAGCUUUCCUAUGAUUUGAGCUCUGAGGCACGACCAGGAAUUUACAGGAUCAUUGUUUCAGUGGGUGAAGAUAAAUUAUAUCAAGACUUCAAGGUAGAAAAGUAUGUUUUACCCAAAUUUGAGGUAACAUUAAAUGUAAAAGAAGAAUUAAGCAUGGGGCAGGAAGAAUUUGAUGUGGAAGUAUGUGCAAAGUACACAUAUGGACAGCCUGUGCCAAGUACAGUUACAGUUGAGGUGUGCCGGCCUCCCCCACGUCAUUAUUAUGGUGCCUUGAAUAGCCCUCCAGAAAUGGAAGUAGUCGAGUUCAGGGGCCUAUGUGACACAAAAACAAAUAAGGCUAACAAUACAGGCUGUGCCACUUUCGGAUUCAGGAUGUCAAACUUCACCAGAAUUGACCAAAAGAUUUUGAUGGAUAAGCUGGGCGUCAGUGCUACAGCAGAGGAGGAUGGGACAGGUAUUUCACUCCUACAAAGGACGAACAUCGGACUCACAUAUAGAAUUGGAAAACUGUCUUUUAUUGACACUCCCACGUUUUAUGAACGAGGAUCAGAUCUAAAAGGAAAAGUUAAGGCUGUUAACUACAAUGAUAUGCCCAUUCCUGACAUGCCGUUGUUCUUGUUUGUGGGGGAAAUUCGGUCUGCACGCAGGCUGCAGAAUAUCACUACUGACAGCAAUGGAGUGGCCACAUUUUCAUUAAGUACAAAUGAAUUCAGUGAGAAUGUUGUACUCCAUGUGGGCAACACACCAACGCUGUUAUACCCUGGAUACAGAACUGCUUUUUAUGAGGGUAGCAGGCAAUCGCUGUCAGAGUCCGUUCCUCCUUCCCCUGAUACGACAACAGUAAGCUCUCUGGAGGUGAAGAAGAAGGAUGAACCACUUCCUUGUGGCAAAGAAGAGGACAUCUCCAUCAGAUACACUCUAGUGAAAGAAGAACAGGGCACUGUUUAUGUGACGUACCUGGUCUUAUCCAGAGGAGCCAUCAUCACGCAAGGACAAAAACAGUUCCAAAUUCAAGAUAAUCAAAGUGUGAAUAAAGGAGAAGUGUCGUUCAAGUUUGAAGUAUCCCCAGACAUGGCUCCGGAUGUCCAGAUUGUGGCUUAUGCCAUCCUUCCCAGCAUGAAUGUGAUUGCUCACAGUGCCGACGUCCCUACUGAGAAAUGCUUCAGGAAUAAGGUGUCGCUGGAGUUUUCCCGAUCAUCAGCUGUCCCAGGAGAGCAAACCAAAAUGCAGCUGACAGCUCAGCCAGACUCUCUGUGUGGUUUAAGUGCCAUUGAUCAGAGCGUUCUCAUCAAGGAGCCUGGGAAGACACUAAAUGAAGAGAAGAUAUUUCACGUGCUACCUGUCAGGAAGGUGUCUCAUGUCCCGCAUGAGGUUCAAGAUCACAUAAACUGUUUACAUGUGAGACCAAAAAGAUAUGUUUUGCCAUACCCAUAUCCUGGAGAAGACACAAAUGAUGCCCACAGAGUUUUUGAGAAUGUAGGACUGAAAAUGGCCACAAACUUGGUCUUACGGCUGCCCAGAUGCCUCAGAUUCAAGGGAAAAGAAUACCAUAGAGGUCUACGUGGUGGGUAUGGUAUUCAGCUUAGUAGACAAAGUAUAUACGGGACACUAGGUAGGCCUAGCUCUCCUCAAGUGGACUAUGUUACGGAUGCUGAACCAGUAAAAACAGUCCGCUCUUUCUUCCCUGAGUCUUGGAUAUGGGACCUGGUGCAAGUCGGAGAGUCUGGAACGAAAGAUGUGUCCCUCACCGUCCCAGACACCAUCACCACCUGGGAGACAGAGACUUUCUGUUUGUCCUCUCAAGGCUUUGGAUUAGCUCCUCGUACGAAGCUUACCGUCUUCCAGCCCUUCUUCCUCGAGCUCACGCUGCCCUACUCCAUCAUCCGGGGGGAGAACUUUGAACUGAAGGCGACUGUCUUCAACUACCUGACCAGCUGCAUCAUGGUGAAAGUGACUGCAGCCCCCUCCUCAGAUUACACCCUCACUCCCCUCUCUGGUGAUCAGUACACAUCCUGUCUGUGUGGCAGUGAGCGUAAGACCCUUAGCUGGACCAUGAUUCCCACAGCCUUGGGGGCUGUGAAUGUGACUGUGACUGCUGAGGCUGUACCGUCCCAUGCUUCUUGUGACAAUGCGAUUGUCAGUGUCCCAGAACGAGGACGCAUUGAUGUGGUCACACGAUCUCUCAGAGUAAAGGCUGAAGGAACUGAGAUCACGAAGACACACAACUGGCUUCUCUGUCCUAAAGGAAACACUUUGAAAGAGGAAAGUGAGAUGCAGCUGCCUGACAAUGUGAUUGAUGGAUCGGCCCGUGCUACAGUGUCAGUGCUGGGCGACAUUCUCGGCCGGGCUCUGAAGAACCUGGAUGGACUGCUACAGAUGCCGUAUGGAUGUGGGGAGCAGAACAUGGCUCUUCUGGCCCCUAACAUCUACAUCCUCCAUUACCUACAAAACACACAGCAGCUGACCCCAGCCAUCAAGGAGAAGGCAUUCAACUUCCUGACCAGUGGUUACCAGAGACAGCUUAACUACAAAGAUGAUCAAGGGGGAUACAGCACGUUUGGAUACGGACCAGGAAACACCUGGCUGACUGCCUUUGUACUGAGAUCUUUUUACAAAGCUCAGUCGUUUGUCUACAUUGACCCAACAAAGAUUGAACAGUCAAAGAGCUGGUUGGAACAAAAACAAAAUCGAAGUGGAUGCUUUGAACAGUCUGGGAAACUCUUCAACAACAGAAUGAAGGGUGGUGUGUCUGAUGAAAUAACACUGAGUGCUUACAUCACUUCUGCCUUCUUGGAAAUGAAUAUAUCCACAGAUGAUGCUGUGGUGAAUAAGAGCCUGAUGUGCCUCAAAGAAUCUAUCAGUGACCUCAGUAACACCUACACUUCAGCUCUGCUGGCAUACGUCUUCACACUGGCAGGAGACACGGAGACCCGUGCUCACCUUCUGCGGCACCUUGACACAGUGGCUAUAAAAGAAGGAGGUUUCAUCCACUGGUCUCAGACAGCAACAGAAAAAUCUGACUCUCUGUCAGUGGAAAUCAGUUCUUAUGUACUGAUGGCCAAACUCAGUGGCCCGUUCUCCCCUGAGGACCUGGGCUACACAUCAAGUAUCGUUAGGUGGCUGACUGGACAGCAGAAUCAUUACGGAGGCUUCUCCUCCACUCAGGACACGGUGGUGGCUCUUCAGGCUCUGGCUCUUUACUCCACUGUGGUGUUCAGUCCAGAGGGUUCGAGCACGGUGACUGUUUUGUCUCCCAGCGGUCAGCGGACAUUUGAUGUGAAUCCAGUCAACAAACUUCUCUACCAGGAGGAGAUGCUGCAAGACGUAACAGGAAAGUUCAGCCUGGAGGUGAAGGGCGCUGCAUGUGCUUCAGUACAGAUUUCUCAACAUUACAACAUCCCAACUCCCUCUGAUGUCACCACUCUGAGUGUGAAGGGGGAACCAGAGUCCAACUGUACCAGCAAGUCUCAAAGACCCAAACUCACUCUGAAGCUUCAAUCUCUAUACAGUGGAAAGGAGAGCAGUACAAACAUGGUGAUCCUGGACAUCAAAAGUCUGUCUGGAUUUGUUCCAGACCCAGACUCUCUGACGCAACUCAAAAGUGCUCAAUUGGUGGAUCGUGUGGAACAGAAGGAGGAUCAUGUUCUGGUGUACUUACAGGAGUUAAGGACUGGAACAGCCAUCAACCACAGUUUAGAACUGGUACAGGAGCUCCCAGUGAAGAACCUGAAGCCAGCCGUGGUCAAGAUCUAUGACUAUUACCAGCCAAGUGAUCGGGCUGAGAUUGAAUACAUCUAUCCUUGUGCAGCAGGCAGUAGUCUGUGAUGGGACUGAGCAACACUUUGAAAUAGUUUUAGUUCGUUUUCACCAUCAGAAAUUUGAGAUAUAUUAGAUGGUUCAUUGAUGGAACUGAUCCUGUACAGUACAUGUGCAAACUUGCUUAAAUAACAUAUUUUACACUGAAAAAAGUGUUUGUAAAAAUGAUUUUUGGUGUAACAUCAUAUGUAUGAAUAUGACUAGCAUCAAGGGUGAAAGUAAGCUGAUAUGGUCUGAUACUGUGUACCACUAAAACAUUCACUGGCGGUAUGCAGUACCAGGAAGAUGGGAGAGUGGCUGCCUGCUAUAAAGGUCUUAUUCAGAACCAGGUCAAACAAUAGAUCCAUAAGCAACAUGCAGUUUUAAAAACUGGCCUCCACAGCGCCCAGCCAUCGAAACAUGUACCGCAUAUUAAGUCUUUACGUUCGUUGCUGAAUGCUCUGAUUAAAUUCAGUAGGAGAGUAAUCAGUUGUGUUUUAUGUUUUUAUUUUUUUAUUUUAAUUUUAACUACACAGAACAAAACGGAGAUUUCACUGCACAUGCAUGCCUACUUCUCAAACAGCGAUUGCUAUGGAGAUCGGUGCGUUUGAUUGAGUGCACUGGGACAUUUUCUUAUUGGUCAACAGAUGUCAAGAGACUGCUUGAACAAUAUAUUACACCAAUGAAAUCCCACACAUUCUUGUGGUUUGCAAAAAAAAUUCAACAAAAUUUAAAUAUCUACCAGUUAUCCACAGAUAUUUAAAUAAAAAUGUUUUUGCUCGUGAUUUCAUGAGCUGUUUCUAGACACAUGUUCUCUGCAUGUUUAUUAAUGCUCCAAUUAAAAUAAAUAGUUUAACAUAUUGUCAAGUGUUUUUAAUUUUUCCCUACUCCAUUAGCCUGUGUUGCCUACAUUAAAAUAUUGAAAUGUUUUUAUUUGUUUCAGUUUUUAAUUUGUUAUUUUAAAAUGCAUGAAGUGAGAGAGAGAUAAAGGUUUUUGAAAUAGUACCGGCAAGAAUUUCAAACUACUUUCACCCCUGACUAGCAUAAAUAAUAUGGUCUUUUUGUCUUUCAUUUUCACCUUGUAGAAUAAAGAUUGUUCAGCUAUUCACCA